GAAUCUCAACAGACCUGCAUUCCAUUCGAGAUGUGCAGGUGCCUUUCAUGGCCAGUACUGAUUAGGAGGUGGAGAUUCCGACUUUUGGAUGUCUCAUUUAAUCAACAGGGCUAAAACGAAAUCAGCAGCCCCUUAUCUCCACUGCCGCUUGCACAUGAUGCAGGCUGUGAGAGAUAAAUAAUUGUCACAACGUUAAUGAUUUAUAACCCAGCCUGUCAUCCGUCAAGUAGUUGAUAGAGGCGAGGCGAAUGCGGCUCCUGAGCAGGCUGUUCCGAGUAAAUCAGUACGUCGAGAGCGCUUUGAUAUUGCGUUAGGUUAAAAUGUGAAAUGAAUUGAAGACUUUAAAAUAAGAACAGCGUGGAUGACUAAAUAUGUGGAAUAAACUAUUAUAAUUCACCCGCUGAACACACUAUGUUCUUGGUGGCUAGUAUUUGCCCAACAGCACAGGUGGUGAAUACUCUUGUUUAUAACAAUUCCGCACAUCGCAACACUUCAGGAAACGCUCUGCAUGAAAGAUGGCAAAUUUUUGAACAGUUGCUUCUCUUCGGCGUUCUCGCCAUAAUCAUUCUCGGGACCAUCCUAGGCAACCUCUUGGUAAUUAUUUCAAUCUCCUACUUCACCAGACUGCAGACUCCAACGAACGCCUUUCUGCUGUCACUGGCUGUUGCGGAUUUCCUCGUUGGGAUUAUUGUGAUGCCUUUCAGUAUGAUCAAGAUACUGUUCGGAUGGCACUUCGGAAAGACCUUUUGUAAAAUCCACACGGUGCUGGAUGUGAUGCUUUCUACAUCAUCCAUCCUGAAUCUCAGUUGCAUUGCCUUCGAUCGAUAUUAUGCAGUGUGCUACCCUUUGAGGUAUCGCUUCAGGGUGUCUCGGAAGAGAGUAACAGCCCUCCUCCUCGUCUGCUGGGUUCUACCCGGCUUGGUGUCACUUGUGCCGUUGCUACUGGACUGGCAUUUACUGGGAUUAGAUCCCACCGUUCUGCAAGCCUAUCCAAACGAUUGUGUGUUCAUCGUCAAUGUCCCCUACGCUAUCUCUGCCUCGAUCGUCUCCUUCUACAUUCCCAUGUUGGUGAUGUUGGCAGCAUACGCCAAAAUUUUCCAUGUUGCCAGGAUCCAAGCCAGACAGACACAUACUAUUGAAAAUGAACCCCAAGGAACCGGCGCCACCAGAUUUCGCCACAGUUCUUCCACGAAGAAAGAAAUGAAAGCUGCUAAAACUCUCGGUAUCAUCAAUGGCUGUUUUCUCCUUUGUUGGCUACCCUUCUUCACUACAAACAUUGCCAACCCUUUACUUGGUUACCAGACGAACCAAAUUCUCGUUGAUGUUAUUUUGUGGCUGGGCUAUAUUAAUUCUGCCCUCAACCCUCUGAUAUAUGCUUUCUUUCAUAAGUCUUUCAGGCGAGCUUUCGGUUUGAUCAUUGGCUGUAAGGUAUUCACCAACGAUUGCCAAAAUAACAAUUUGUCAAGUGCUAUCAGACGUAAUACACAACUUGCUGCACUUUCAUAGUAAAUGGAAUGGACCUCUCACAACUAAAAUGGCAUGGUGGCUGCGUUAUUACCAGCCAUUUAUUAAUAUUCUUUAAUAAACCCUGUCUAUAGUGAAAAUGUGUUUUAAUUAAUAAAGAUCAGUUCAGCUUUUUGGGAGAAAAUGUAAGUCAAGAUGUAAGUUAAUGGUUGGGUAAAGUAUUUGAGGGAAAUUGUUCAUGGGCUUUCAGUGAUGUUUGUAUAUAUAUCAGCCAAAUUCAAGGUAUUGUCUUUUAUUCUGUAGUUAGGGUCAUUGGGAGUAGAGAGAAAUUUUGUUGUUAUUUUGUUACUUGUUACCAAAUGACUUGUAC